CGCCUUUUAACUCUGGGGGGAUUUUCUUUGAGUAUCUAGUAACAUUUUAAUCGAGGUAAGUGUCGAGUUGAUGAUCUUUUAAUGAUUUGAUAACUGUUAUUCAGGCGUUUAUCUGUGCAGGCUAGAGUAUCUGGAGCAUCAGCUCUCGAGACACACGUCACACCUUAUAUUUCUCACGCAGAGAAGUAAAGAGACUUUCCCGCUUUAUACAGUUCAGAGACGAGGAUAAUAAAACGUGGAGAUGAACGAACGUGUUCGUCGUUCACGUCUGAUCGCGUGUUACUCACAGCAACCGUUGAAAUAUUCGUGUCUUGAAACAGAAGGAAAAUUGAGAGCUCAAUGUAAACUGCUGCUUUGAUCACGUGACUGAAAACUAUGGCAAGCCCCUCAAUGCCAGAGACAUAAUUGUAUUUUAAUAAGAUCCAUUCAGAGUCAGUCGAGGUUCAUCAGUGAAGAUCAGACUGAUGUGACUGGAUGAUUCAUGGAUGAUUCACAAACACUCAGAGAUGGAGGUUAUUCUCCAGGAUUCAGAUCAGAAGAUCAGAAGAGAUCAGACUCACCUGAGAUCAGUUGUGUGUCUAUGAAGAGUGAUGCGUCUAUGGAGAAACCACUGACAUUUAAACACACAUCACCUGAUCAGAGUUAUUAUUGCCCGCUACCUGAAGUCCUAAACACAUUCAGAUCAAAUCUGAGAAAGAAGUUUGAGUGUUUGUGUGAAGGAACAUCAGAUGAGAGAAACCCAACACUGCUGAAUGAGAUCUACACAGAGCUCUACAUCACAGAGAGUGAAAGUGGAGAGAUCAGUAAUGAACAUGAGGUGAGACAGAUUGAGACACAAUCCAGGAGAACAGCAACAGAGGACACACCAAUCAAAUGCAAUGACAUCUUUAAAGCUUUACCUGCACAAGACAAACCCAUCAGAAGUGUGCUGACAAAGGGAGUCGCUGGCAUUGGAAAAACAGUCUCUGUGCAGAAGUUCAUUCUGGACUGGGCUGAAGGGAAAGAGAAUCAGGACGUCCACCUCAUAUUUCCACUUCCUUUCAGAGAGAUCGAUCUGAUGAAGAACCAAACACUCAGUCUUUUACAUCUUCUUCAUCUUUUCUUCCCAGAGACAAAAGAAAUGGAAAUCUCCAGCGGUGAAUAUAAAGUGUUGUUCAUCUUUGAUGGUUUGGAUGAGUGUCGUGUGUCUCUGGAUUUUCACAGAAGUGUGAGGUUGUGUGAUGUCAGUGAAUCAGCCUCAGUGGACGUGAUCCUGACAAACCUCAUGAAGGGGAAUCUGCUUCCCUCUGCUCUCAUCUGGAUCACCUCCAGACCAGCAGCAGCUGAUCUCAUCCCCUCUGAGUGUGUUGAUCGAGUCACAGAGGUACGAGGCUUCACUGACAAACAGAAGGAGGAAUACUUCAGCAAGAGAAUCAGUGAUGAGAGUCUGAACAACAGAAUCAUCUCACACCUGAAGUCAUCCAGGAGCCUCUACAUCAUGUGUCACAUCCCAGUGUUCUGCUGGAUUUCAGCCACUGUUCUAGAGAGAAUGUUGAGUGAAGCAGAGAGUGAAGGAGAGAUCCCCAAGACUCUCACUCAAAUGUACACACACUUCCUGAUCAUUCAGACAAACAUCAAACAUCAGAAGGACUAUGAGAAGAAAGUGAAGAAUGAUGAAGACAUGAUCUUCAAACUGGCCAAACUGUCUUUUGAGCAGCUUGUGAAAGGGAACCUGAUCUUCUAUGAUGAGGACCUGAGAGAGUGUGGCAUUGAUGUAGCAGAAGCAUCAGUGUACUCAGGAUUGUGCACUCAGAUCUUCAGAGAGGAGUUUGGCUUGUGUCAGGGGAAAGUUUACUGCUUUGUUCAUCUGAGCAUUCAGGAACAUCUCGCAGCUCUUUAUGCUCACAUCUCCAUCACAAACAACAAGAGAAAUGUGUUUAAUAAAGGUCCUGAAGUGACAAAAAAACUAUGUAAAACUGAAUAUCCAGGUUGUUUUUCAACAAUUGUGGACAUAUUUAAUUUACCGGAUUUAAUGUCUGAAUUUCAUGAGAGAGCUGUAGAUGAAGCUUUACAGAGUCAGAAUGGACAUCUGGAUCUUUUCCUGCGUUUUCUUCUGGGUCUCUCACUGGAGUCCAAUCAGAUUCUCUUACAGGAUCUACUGACACACAUGAGAAGAUGCUCCUACAAGAAAGAGAAAACUGUUGAGUACAUUAAACAGAAGAUCAAUGAGAAUCUGUCUCCAGAGAAAUCCAUCAAUCUGAUUCACUGUCUGAAUGAACUGGAUGAUGAUUCACUGCUGCAGGAGAUUCAACAUUAUGUGAGAUCUAACACUGUCGGACGCUCCAAACUCUCCUCUUCACAGUGGUCAGCUUUAGUUUUUGUGUUGCUGAUGUCUGAACAGCAUUUGGAUGAACUUGAUCUGAAGAAAUUUAUUGGAGGUAAAAAUACAGCAGAUGAAGUUCUUGUGAAACUGCAGCCUGUGAUCAAAGAAUCCAGAAAACUGAAGUUGAUUCGGUGUAAAUUCACAGAUGAAGGUUGUGUUGCUUUGUCUUCAACUCUGAGAUCAAACCCCUCACACCUGAAAGAUCUGAAUCUGUUUAACAUUAAUCUGAGAGAUUCAGGAGUGAAGCUGAUCUCUACUGUACUGGAGAAUCCUCACUGUAAAAUGGAGAAACUGUGGUAUGAUUUAAUAAAACAUUCUCUUUCAUCCUCUUUCAACAAAUGACUAAUAGAUAUUACGAACAUUUCUUCUCUCAGUGCUGAAGGUUGUCUAGUCAGUGUUGUGA